AUCAGAAAAGACCUUGCUUCUAUCUCCCAAGGUUCUUCAAGCAUUACUUCUUAUUUUAAUCGCAUUAAGAAGCUUUGGGAUGAGCUAGCAUAUUCCAUCUCAUACCCAGAAUGCACAUGUGGAUGUAAGGAGGCAUUUCAGAAGUUGGAGGAUGAACAAAAGGUGCAUCAAUUUCUUAUGGGUUUGAAUGAGGCUUAUUCUGGUGUUCGGAGGAAUAUCUUAAUCAUGAAGCCGAUGCCUGACAUUGAUAGUGUCUAUGCUAUGUUAAUUGAGGAUGAGAGUCAGGUAGAGGUUCAGCCUGCUACUCCAAGUUUCAGUUCUGACUCAUCCUCCUUCUCCACCGGGGUUCAAAAACCCUAUACUUCCCGGGUGAAUUUUGAUGCUUCUAAUAAGGUGAAUUUUGAUGCUUCCGGAAAAGGGAAUUCUAAUAUGGUGUGCAGCUAUUGUAAGAAGCUCGUGCAUUUGAUUGAUAAAUAUUACAAAUUACAUGGAUAUCCCCCUAGUUCUAGCUCUAAAUUCAAAAGAACAACAGCUUAUGCUCAUGUCUCAGAUCCAUCUCGAGCAAAUGCGCCUGACAAUCAUGUUACUGAAGGAUCUAAGGUUGUUCCACUCGAUAUUGGGGGAAAUAUUUUGUCAAAAGAGCAAUAUGAACAAAUGGUUUCUUUGCUUCAACUAACCAAGCAAUCUUCCACUCUUCAGGACCUUAGUGCCGCCUCUGUCAAUUUUGCAGGUUUGAUAAGUAGUGUUGAUUUUAGUAAUUAUAUAUCUCAUGCUUGCAAUUUCUCUAAAGUAUAUGAUAGUUUGUGGAUCAUUGACUCUGGUGCUACUAAUCAUAAGAUACCUCAUAAAUCUUUACUUACUAAUAUCACACCUCUACCUUUGCCUUACCUUGUAACUCUCCCAAAUGGGUAUAAGGUUAAGGUUACCUGUACUAGAUCACUUUCUCUUUCUGUCACUAUUUCUCUUCCUCAUGUGUUACCGGGCCCUUUUAUGAAGAAGACUCUGGUUCUUGGUAAACUUCAGAAGGGGCUAUACAUUCUUCAAUUUAAUGCUUUCUGUGAUUCUGGUUCUUCUACUCUUUUCUCUGUAAAUACUAUAACUGCCAGUGUAAAUAAUUUGAAUAAGAGCAGUUUUACUUCUUGUUCUUCUGUGUCUGCUCCUUCUGAUAUUGUUUUACCUGGUUUUGAUGUUUCUGUUGUUUCUACAUUGUCUGUUGACCAUAUGUGGCACUUGAGAUUAGGCCAUGUUCCUUUCACUAAAAUGAAACAUAUUCCCUGUCUUUCUAAUUUAUGGGGUCCCUAUCAUACUCAAACAUACAAUGGCUUUAGAUAUCUUCUGACUAUUGUGGAUGACGUUACCAGGGCUACAUGGUCUCACCUUUUGUCUUCUAAGGCUAAUGCCUUCACUAUUUUGAAAUCUUUCAUUCAUAUAGUUCAUACUAAGUUUGGUUCCCCUGUUAAAACUGUAAGAUCAGAUAAUGCAUUUGAGUUGGGUAGUAGUUCUGAAGCUCCCUAUAGGGACAAGUUCAAGUCUAGGACAGUUCCAGUUGUUUUUAUUGGUUAUAGUACUAGCAAAAAAGCUUAUAAAUUUCUGAACUUGUCCACUUCUGCUAUUUUUCAUUUAAGGGAUGUAGUGUUUUAUGAACAUAUUUUUCCUUACUCUAACUCCUCUGCUACUCAAUUGUUCCCUCCUUCAGCUCCCUCCUCCCCUACUACUUCUCCUUUUUCUGUCUCUUCUUCUUCAUCUUCUCCUCCUUCUUCAGCUCCCAUUAGUUAUGUUCCAUCUUUUAUUCCUCCUAGCAGCCCUACUACUUCUGCUCCGCCUAUCAGAAGAUCUGGUAGACCAACUCAAACUCCGGCUUAUCUAAGUAAUUAUGUAUGCACCAAUGUUUCUGAUUCUAAGGCUAUUCCUUAUUCUUCCUCUGAGAGUUGCCGGCUUGAGCCUCAAUUCUAUCAUCAGGCUGCUUCAAAUCCUGCUUGGCAGGAGGCUAUGAUGAAGGAAUUUCAAGCUUUAGAGGCAAAUAAUACUUGGUCUAUUGUGCCUCUUCCUUCAGGAAAAAAAGCUAUUCCUUGUAAAUAG